AUGCAGCCAUGGAAACCAGUUGAUACCAUCCGAGACAGCAUUAUCCCGCUCUUUUACGCCAAUUACCCUGCUCAGUCUAAGUCCAAUAAGAGGCCUAAAGCUGCUUCUUCAGAGUUUUCAGGUCUUAGUUCUACAUCCUGUACACUGGAACGUGCAUCUUCUCAGAAUCUGCUUAUUAGCGAUGAAGACGGGAAGAUUAGCAUGCAAUCAGUUGAUCUAACAAAGGAAAUGGCCGUUGCAAUCAGACAGCGGCUAUCCCAUGAAUCGAUAGCUGAAAAUCCAGUAGCGGGAAGUAAGGCUCGUAAGGUCCGCCGGCUGUAUACCCCUAUUCAUAGCCUGGACCUUGAAGGAUGCAAACUCACAAGGACCCUUUUGGCAAUAAUCUUUGAAGGCAUCAAGGAGUCUAGAAACCUGAAGUGUUUAAAUCUGGCUGGGAAUCGCUUGCUGCAGGAUGAGGUUUACCUUAUGAUAGAUUGGUUUACACAAUCUCCCGUAUCGUUUCUCCAGCUCAGCAAAUUAUCCUGCUCCGGUUCUUUCAGGUUUACUUCUAAGUCCAUUCAUGAUCUUCUGCUCGCCAUCUUUGAUCGCUGCAUUGCAUUAGAAAUACUGCAGUUGAGUAAUUGCAAUUUGUGCGACGAACACAUGGAGCACUUCCGAAAGUUCAUAGAGCUUGCCUCCAGAUCAAAUAGACCGUUGCGUGAGCUGCAUCUAAACCACAACGACAUAGGAACAAAAGGUUGCAGGCAACUAUUGGAUGCCCGUGAUACGUUUUCACCUCAACUGAAAAUACUAACGUACGGUAAUCCCGCUUCUGAGUCGCUGAUUUUGCGAUUGCAUUGCCCUUACAGUUAUACCUGUAAUAAUAUCUGUAGUACCCCCAGUGUAACUACGACUCCUAUAACCCCGGAGCCGUCAGAAUUCCAGAUGGAGGGUCGCAGAUCAGUUUAUUCCAAUGACAUGUCUUCCUAUGCCGAGCAAUCAGACUGUACGUUCCAAGAGGAACUAAGAUCAGGAUUGCUCUCAUUUAUCAAACAGACGCUAGGGGAUGAUCCUCUAAAUCCCCUUACUGAAAAGACAACUACAGAGCUUUGCAUGCACUGCAUUAGUGCGAUUCAUCUGUGCAUGAGUGAUUACUCUGCCAGCAGCCCGUUCAGGGAAAUUAAAAACUUGAUAGAAUUGAAAAACAUUUUAGAGAAAAGUGGUCUUUCUGUUGGCAAGCCACCCCUCACGAUAGAGUCCCCUGCGGUUGAUGCCCUCUCAGUGGCAAUACACCUGAUUCAAUCUCUGCUUCAGAUUGCAUCCGGAUACAAUAUAUUGGAAUAA